AUGGCUGUUGGUGUCAAAGCGUAUCUCGCUUGCGUACUGCUUCGUGAUGGGGUUUCCCAUGAUGGGUUUGUGGCCCUGCUUCCACAUGAGAUGAGCCGCGUGUGCUGCCUUGGUUCCCAAUUGCCGACGCCACGAGGCCUGGGGUGGGUGCUUCCCACCGGUCGGCUGAGCCCGUUUCCGCCCAUUUCAAAGUUCAAGCCCCAGCUCUGGGCUGCAAUGGUGGCUGUUCACAGGCCCAAGUGUAUCUCGGAGGGCUGCAUCGUCCCACAAGCCCGCAUGGGGUUCGAGAUGCUGCUAGAUUGGUGA